ACUGCACAAGUCUCUUUCUCCUCGCUCUUCCUUCGUUCCAAACGCAAAUCCCCAAAUCUCUCCAAAAAAAAUUCCCCAAAUUCAAAACCCUAAUUCUGAUAUCACAUCAGGAUGUCAUCUGAUCCAGGCUCAGCUUCGAAUUCCUCCUCCCAAUACCCAUCCUAUCCUCCCCCAGCGAAUCCCAAUUCCUACUUUCCUUUGCCCUUUCAUCUCCAGCAAAACCCUAAUCUCUACUCAGCGACGCCGCCGGUGAAUUUAGCGCCGCAGGCUUACGCUCCCUCUUACUCCGCCGCCGCCCCCGGUGUCUACGCGCUGCCUCAGUAUCAGCAGGCACAGCAGUUGUUUCAAAGGGAUGCGCAGACUAUUACACCCGAGGCUUUAGAAAGCGUGAAAGCUGCGCUUGCAAACAGUGAGGUUGAACACAAGGCAGAAAUAAAGAAGAAGGCGAUACCACGAAAGGCGGCUGGACAAUCUUGGGAGGACCCGACAUUGGCAGAGUGGCCUGAGAAUGAUUACCGUUUGUUUUGUGGAGAUCUAGGCAAUGAAGUUAAUGAUGAUGUUCUUUCGAAAGCAUUUUCAAGGUUUCCUACGUUCAACAUGGCCCGGGUUGUCAGAGACAAAAGGACUGGAAAAACAAGGGGUUACGGAUUUGUCAGUUUUGCAACCCCUUCAGAUCUGGCAGCAGCAUUGAAAGAAAUGAAUGGUAAAUAUGUUGGAAACCGGCCAAUCAAAUUACGUAAAAGUAGUUGGAAGGACAGGACAGAUGUGGAGGCUUUGGGAAGGCAGAAGAACCAUGCACAGAAGAAACCGAAGUUGGCAAAGAAGGGUAUUCUGCACAAGUGAAUCUUCCAUAGUCUUAACAAAUGAUUUCUGGGAGAGCCAACUCACCAAGUAUUUUGUAGGAGGGCAGAAUCUCAUAAACUGAUCAAGCUAAUUCCCAUAUUGAAAGCUCCAAGCUGGAAACAUGGCAUCCUUCAAAAAGUAGCUUUCAGCGUCAACAAUAAAGCUUUUCAGCACCUAUCAAGAAAAAAAAUGCUGUCGAUAUUGGUGGUAUAUGGUUCUCAUUUCUGCUCUUUUUCCCCCUUUUUUUUCCCCUUGUGGAUUUUAGAAUCUUAUUGGAAUUGCUUGUCCUGUACUAAUACGUGUAUCAUUAUCAAAUUUCCCCAAAAAUCUUGUGUACCAAUUAAUGAUGUUUCGUUGUGUUGAAUAGGGCUUCUGAAGUAAAUGUCACAACUGGAUUUAUGUU